AUGGCCUCUGCCAUGCCAGGGCAGGGCCGGCUGCCGGAGUGCAAAGCGGAGGGGGAAGGCAGCACACCCCCCCGCACACAGACACGCGUGGACGGGCUCGGGGUGGCCCCGCCCUCCCCCACCCGGAAGUGUGGUGGUAGGAGCUGCCGGCGCGGUUACGCGACUGCGGCCUGUCUUCCCUGCCCGUCUCGGCGCCGCGGAGGCGGAGGCUAUCGGGUGGAUGCGGCCCAGCCUCUGCCCGCCCGGUUCCGGGCCCUCUUCACCCUACGCAACCUGGGCGGGCGUGCGGCCGUGGACUGGGUCAGCCGGGCCUUCGGCGAUGGUUCCGCGCUGCUGAAGCACGUGGUCUACUGUCUGGGCCAGAUGCAGGACGAGGCAGCCAUCCCUGUGCUCAUCCGGGUGCUGGAGGAUGUUGCCCAGAAGCCCAUGGUCAGGCACGAGGCGGGUGAAGCCCUGGGUGCCAUUGGGAAUCCUGAUGUGCUGGAUAUCCUGAAACGCUCUUCAGAGGAUCCCGUGAUUGAGGUGGCGGAGACAUGUCAGCUGGCAGUGAGGAGGCUGGAGUGGCUGCAGGAGCACAAGCAGGAGCCAGACACCAGCCCCUCUGUGGAUCCUGCUCCCCCUGCUGAGGAGAUGGAUGUUGCCAAACUCCACAAAACCCUCCUGGAUGAGUCAUGCACGCUGUUUGACCGCUACAGGGCCAUGUUCGCCCUGUGAAACCUGGGAGGCCAGGCUGCUGUGUUGGCGCUGGUGGAUGGACUGUGCUCUGGCAGCGCCCUCUUCCACCACGAGAUCGGCUAUGUGCUGGGCCAGAUGCAGGAUGAGGCCUGCAUCCCGCAGCUGACGGCUGCACUGCGCAGCCACACCGAGAGCCCCAUGGUGCGCCACGAGUGCGCCGAGGCCCUGGGUUCCAUCGCCUGCCCCUCCUGCCUGGAGACCCUGUGUGCCUUUGCCUGUGAUGAGGAACGGGUCGUGCGGGAGAGCUGUGAGGUGGUGCUGGACAUGUACGAGUAUGAGAAUGGUGCCCAGUUCCAGUAUGCUGACGGGCUCUGCAAGCUGCAGACCUCUGCCUGAGCCCCAGCUGGAGGGGUGUGGGCUGGGCAUGCUGCCUCCCACCCCCCUCUGGCUGCACUUUCAUGGCUGCCUCCAUCAACAUGGAUCCAUGCCUUGCUGCAGCAGAGGUGGAGGAGAAACUGGAUUUGCUCUCUGGCACAAUUACAGCCACCUUCUCCCUUCAAAUCCAGGCUAGGCUGCUACUUGCCCCCCCCGCCCCACCACUCCCCAUUUCCUGGAUCUGCCCCUCUUUCCCUGCCAGGAUCAGCACUGCCUGCCCACAGGGCUUGGACCGAGUGGGCUCUGCUCUGCACGUCAGAGCCUGUCAUGGCUGUGCAGGGGCCACGGCUGCUCUGGGCUUGUGCUGCCAUGGCGGCUUGGUGUGAAACAGCUCCGCUUUCCCUGCCUGAGCUUUGCUGGGGGGCCAGGGCUGGCUUUGGGCACUUGCUCUCAUAGGUUGUUGCAAUGUGAUGCCUCGAAGGUGCUGAGCUGGGUCCCUCCUUGCCUCUGUGGUGAAGGAGCUGCUGUGGGUUUGGCCUCUCCUGUCGGGGCAGGCCGGGACUGUGCUUGUGGCAGCCUUUGCUGUGGGAUGGGGGUUGUUUCAUGGCAAAGUUUGGAAUAUUUGGCUGCGCUUUUUCUUUCUGCAGGGAAUGGCACUGCCAUUAGGGCUUACAGGGUGAGGCAGAGCCUGCCCAGACUUCCCUCUGUGUUUAACCAGACCUGGGAGGGCUGGGGCUGGUGUCUGCUGCCAUCACCCAGCACCCAAACCCCUUGGGCAGGCCCGUGUGGGCACAGGAGGGGCUGGCAGGGACUAAAGCGCUGGCGGGGGAAACUCCCAUGUGAGUUGAGCUGUGAUUUAGCCCUUGCUCGGAUGCAGGGUGCACCCAGUGCUGAAGGGUUGGGCCCUGAUGGAGAGCCCUGGAGCUGCCAUGAUGGAAUCAUAGAAGAGAAUCAUUUAGGUUGGAAAAGACCUUUAAGAUCGAGUGCAACCGUAAUGGGAGGAGACAGCAUUGAGUGGAGUCCCUGAUGGUAUGGGGUAAAACUGUGUUUCCCCCCCAGCAGGCCCAGGGAGGAGGGCAGACAUUGCCCGUGGGGUACCCCAGGAGUCCCCACGGUCCUGCCCAGUGGAGGGGCUUGCACCCCAUAGCACCCACCUGCUGCGCCGUGGGGACUGGUGUCCCGCUGAUGGGGCUUUUCCCCUUUGAAGUCUGCCUCUGAGUCAAUCCUGGCCUCAAUCGUCUUAGUCCCUAAAGCUACUGCUGCGGUCAGCUUGGCAUCCCUGGGGCUCUGGUACUUGGGGACAGCUAGAGCAGGGAGCCCCAGCCAUGGCCCAGUCUGGCCCAGUUCAGGACUCCAUGGGAGAGGGUUUUACUGGAGACAUGACCAGUUUUGGUCACCCAUACACACUUACUGGAAGUCAGACCUGCGUGCCCAAGUGCUGUGGAUGGGGUCACUCGCAUGUGAUGGUGGAGGAUGAGGGCCCCAAACCUCUAUUCCUUGGCAUUGGAGAUGACCUGAUGUUUUCACACCAUUUGGAGUCAGCAGAUGCCAUGCGGCUUCUUGCCCCCUUUCCCUCAUCCUCCAUAGCCCCUGGGUGAUGGGCAGGACCCAGCUGGCACCACCAAGUUCUGGGGGCCUCUAUGCUCAUCUCCAUCCCCCAUGGGCAGUGGCAUGUGCCAUUUCCCCCUUGCCAUGUUACUGGUGUAGGGUGGCUGCCAGCUCCACACCGGGACGUUACCAGCAUGGGGGCUGUGGCACGCUGCCCGUGUGUUUGUCUCCACUCCGGCUGCUCAACCCUUGCUCUCCGGUGUUCCUGCAGGUGACUUGCUCAGACCAUGCAAGGCUGUUUCAAAAUU